GGUGCAUUUUCCAUCUGGCUUUGAAAUAGGUGUUUUCAUUGUGCAUCUAAAGAAUGGAAGAAACACAAAGAACCUGCAGCUGUAAAAGGGAGAUCCUGCAAUGCCUUGCUAUUAUUUUUGCUUGCAAGAUGGUUUCUGGGCAAAUUCAUUAUUCUAUUCCUGAGGAGAUGCACAAAGGCUCUUUUGUGGGAAAUAUUGCAAAGGACCUAGAAAUGGAUGGAAGGAAGAUUUCAGACAGUGGACUCCGCAUUAUUCCCAAUGUAGGUAUGAUCCAGUAUUUUGCUUUCAAUGUCAACAAUGGCCAUUUAGAAACAUCUGAGAGAAUUGACCGGGAAGAAAUAUGUGGACAGGUAGAGAAGUGUAUAUUGAAGUUCCAGAUUCUUAUUGAAAGUAAAUUAAAGCUUUAUGCAAUUGAAGUGGAAAUUACUGACAUAAAUGAUAAUGCUCCUCAUUUCCCUCUAUGGGAACAAGAGUUGGAAAUCAGUGAGGCAUCUACACCUGGAUUCCGGGUCCCUCUUACCGAAGCUCAAGAUCCAGAUCUGGGAAUAAAUUCGAUACAGAGCUAUCAACUCAGAGGUAGUAGCCAUUUUUCUCUGGAUACACAAAUAGGAAAAAAUGGUUUCAGGCAUACUGAACUGAUACUGGAAAAAUUUCUAGACAGAGAGGAGCAAUCUGUUUAUAAUCUACUCCUUACAGCUAGUGAUGGAGGUGAUCCUAUCCAAUCUGGCACUGCAGAAAUCAAAGUAAUUGUUUUAGAUGCAAAUGACAAUGCACCGGUUUUUAGCCAGCAUAUCUAUGAAGUGAAUGUCAAAGAGAAUAUUCCUAAAGGAUCUAUUAUUGCCACUGUACAUGCCACUGAUCUUGAUGAAGGGCUUAAUGGAGAGGUGAAAUACUCCCUGAAAAAGACUACAAAACUAGAAGUUCCCAUAUUUCACCUUAAUUCCACAACGGGUGAAAUUAUACUCACUGGGUAUCUUGAUUAUGAAGAAUUGUCCUUCUAUGAAUUUGAAGUACAGGCCAAAGAUGGGGGAGGUUUUACUGAUAGAUCAAAGGUUGUUAUCUUCAUUACAGAUUUGAAUGACAAUGCACCUGAACUAGCAGUUACUUUUGUCACCAACUCCAUACUUGAAAGUUCACCACCAGGAACUGUUAUUGCCAUUCUAAAUGUACGAGACAGAGAUUCUGGAGUCAAUGGAGAAAUCACAGUCUCCAUUCCAGACAACCUCCCUUUCCAAUUAAAGAAGUCCUCUGACUGGUUUUAUAGUUUGAUGACAGAUAACCCCCUUGACAGAGAACAGGUAUCAGCCUUUAAUAUAACUGUAACAGUUACUGACCAUGGAAUGCCUCCUCUCUCGACAGCCACAGUAAUUGGACUAUACAUCAUAGACACAAAUGACAACCCACCGUUCUUUGAGAAAUCAGUUUAUCCUUUCUAUGUUGUAGAAAAUAACCAAAUGGGUGCUUUGAUAUGUUCCUUAAAAGCAAAUGAUCCAGACUGGAAAGGGAAUGCAGUAAUAAGGUAUUCUAUGAUUGGAGACCAGACAACUGAAUCAUUUCUCUCCUCUUAUGUCUCCAUUAAUUCUGAGACAGGGGCUAUCUAUGCAUUAACCUCAUUUGAUUACGAAAAUUUUAAGAAGAUUCAGUUCCAGGUCAAGGCUCAGGAUGGAGGAUCCCCACCACUCAGCUCUAAUUCUGGCCAGACCGCCUGGCUCUCCUAUCAGCUGACCAGAGCCACAGAACCGGGGCUCUUCACCGUGGGACCCCACAAUGGAGAGAUCAGGACCACUCGGCUGUUUCUGGAGAAAGACGCCCUGAAGCAAAUCCUGGUGGUUUUAGUGAAGGACAACGGCCAACCGCCUCUCUCUGCCUCAGUGACUCUCACUGUUGUUCUGGCUGACAACAUCCCUGAAAUUCUCUCAGAUCUGAGCAGCAUCUCAGCUCCUGUAGGUCCUCAGUCAGAUCUCACUUUCUACUUAGUGAUUGCAGUAGCUUUUGUCUCCUGCUUAUUCUUUAUCUUCCUCCUUGUGCUACUGACAAUUAGAGUGUAUAGAUGGAGAAAUUCACAGAUGGAGUCUGGGAGGAUAAAUUUCAGUGGUGUACCUGCCUCACAAUUUGUAGGCAUCAAUGGAGUCCGAGCAUUUCUUCAUUCUUACUGCCAUGAGGUUUCUCUGACUGCAGAUUCUAAGAGAAAUCAGUUUAAUAUUUCCACAGCAAAUAAUUCAGAUACUCUGAGCAUUAAACAAGUUUAUGAAGCAAAGGAUCCAAUUGUAUCGGGUGAAGAUUUAAAUUUGAAUAAUGAUGAUCUAACAGUAAUUCAGGUUGCUUUGAGAGUUGGGGAAUGAGAAAUUGACUGGGACUUAUGUGUGCUCUCCUCUACUCACUUCCCCUCAAGC